AAAGCAACUCAUAAAUAUAGUCCUAUAUCCAGCCUUUGAAGAUAGCAUAAAUGAAAUAUUUAAAGGUGUACUACUCCUUUUUGAAGCAUACAACGGAUGGCUAAAGCACAUAGCGGAUUAUCGCCUUCAUGAUCCGGAAUGAUAACACCAUAUCCAACCACUUGAUUGUCUGUGAAUCAUGAUCAAUCAUCCGACUUCUACAAGGUGUUUGGAUGUAUACUCAGAAACAACUUUUUGAUUUCUAAAAAUCAAAAAGCAAGAGAUCGGUGAAAUUCUUGAAUAUUGUUUUCGUUCAGUUUUCCCCAAAUUCAUGGAAGUUUUCAGGUUGAUAAUGGGUGGGUGUUUAUCGGAUGUUCGAGGAGGGCAACAAGCAAUUGGAGGUACAAAAUCAGCAGGUCCUACUUCUUCUGCUACCACAACGACAACAACUAAUGAUGCGAUUGACCACUUUUACAGAUCUCAUGGCUGCCAAGGCCUUUUUACUCUACUUGAGUUAUCAUUGUCUGCCAAGCAGUUACGUAAUAUGGAUGUGUUUUCAAAGAGCGACCCAAUGGCAGUAGUUUAUGCAAAGAGAAGUGAUGGGAAUCUUGAGGAAAUUGGCCGUACUGAAGUAAUAAUGAAUUCGCUAGAUCCUGCUUGGAUAACAAAGAUUUCCAUUGCUUAUCAGUUUGAGAUUGUUCAACCGUUGGUGUUUCGAGUGUAUGACGUUGACACCAAAUACCAUAACAUCUUUCCUUUCGACAAACUAAAAAUUCAGAAAUCAGUUGGAGACCUUGAAAAACUAUAUGUUGGGCAAGUCGGAGAACAUUUUGUUAUACCAUCAACUUCCCGGAAGGACUAUAUGAAGGUAGUUCUGAAGGGACAGCUACAUGUGGAUAGAUUCAUCCAGAAAACACAGUAUAGUUUUUUGGAUUACAUUUCAAGCGGAUUCGAGCUUAACUUUAUGGUUGCCGUUGAUUUUACAGCUUCAAAUGGAGAUCCUCAUUCCUACACGUCUUUGCACUAUAUCGAUCCUACAGGUCGAUUGAACUCCUACCAGCGGGCUAUAUAUGAAGUUGGAGAGGUCAUACAGUUUUAUGAUUCUGAUAAGCGUUUUCCUGCAUGGGGAUUUGGCGGAAAGACACAUGAAGGUGUUGUGUCUCAUUGCUUUAACCUGAAUGGAAGCCGUAAUGAAUCUGAGUUAAGAUCAUACUUAUUAUCCUUGUCAAUCCUAAUCGUUGGUGUCGGUAAUGCUGACUUCAAAGCCAUGGAGAUACUGGAUGCUGACAAUGGCAAACGCCUACAGAGUAGCACUGGACGAGUGGCUACAAGGGACGUUGUGCAAUUUGUGCCUAUGCGCCAAGUGCAGGGUAACCAGCUCUCUGUUGUUCAAUCUCUUCUAGAAGAACUUCCUGGGCAAUUUCUGACAUAUAUGCGGAGCAGGGAUAUUAAGCCACUUUACAUCAAUGAACCCCAAGUUUCUGGUGUUAGUGUCGAUGGGCCUCAAGUUCCGUAUCUUCCAUCUCAAAUGUGA